UCCUCAUCAAUUAAUCAUUCAAGCUUUGUAAUUUCCAUGUGCCAUCCUCAACUCCUCAAAGCAGUCCCACUUUUCUGUCAACUUUAAUCACUAUCCUCACACAUUACAUAUAAUAAUUUAUAAUUUUAACUUAUAAGUUGAUCCAAAAUUAAACAAUCUGUUAGAAGGUAAAAAAUAUUUUAAAAAAUGAAGAACAGUUUCUUUCUUUGCAUCUCAGGAGAUCUGUUGGGGUUGUUAUUAAGGUUUUGAGGAUAUUUUGUAUUGAUGGGAGGAAGAAGUUCGAAAGAGCAGAGCUAUAGGCAGAGUUCAAGUACAAGGUCUACGUCCUCGACUUCAUGGAAUCAGCAGGAUUAUGUUCAAUCUCCAAGUUAUGCUCCCAGAGAGGCUUAUGCUUAUCCUGCUUACAAUCAGCAGCCAAAUAAUCCACCACCAACUCAGAAUUAUGGAGGUCGGGGUUAUGAACCGCAAAGAAAACAGCUUGACAGGAAGUACUCGAGGAUUGCUGAUAAUUACAAUUCACUUGAUGAGGUGACUGCAGCACUUGCAAACGCUGGCCUGGAGUCCUCUAAUCUCAUUGUUGGUAUUGACUUCACUAAAAGCAAUGAGUGGACAGGUGCAAAGUCCUUCAACAGGCGCAGUUUACAUCACAUUGGGGAUAACUUAAAUCCCUACGAACAAGCAAUUAGUAUCAUUGGAAAAACCUUAGCAUCUUUCGAUGAAGACAACUUGAUUCCCUGUUUUGGGUUUGGCGAUGCUUCAACGCAUGACCAAGAUGUCUUCAGUUUUUAUCAGGAUAGGUUUUGUAACGGGUUUGAGGAAGUAUUGAGUCGGUACAAGGAAAUUGUCCCUAGUCUUCGGCUUGCAGGACCAACUUCAUUUGCUCCCAUUAUUGAAAUGGCGAUGACUAUUGUUGAGCAAAGUACUGGCCAAUACCAUGUGCUAGUAAUUAUUGCAGACGGACAGGUAACAAGAAGUGUUGAUACUGAGCGUGGCCAGUUGAGUCCACAAGAGCAGAGAACUGUUGAAGCUAUUGUCAAAGCAAGCGAGCUUCCUCUAUCAAUCAUAUUAGUUGGUGUGGGAGAUGGACCCUGGGACAUGAUGAAGGAAUUUGAUGAUAAUAUUCCUGCUCGAGCUUUUGAUAAUUUUCAGUUUGUGAAUUUUACGGAAAUCAUGUCAAAGAAACUUUCCACAUCGCGGAAAGAAACCGAAUUUGCUUUAUCAGCUCUAAUGGAAAUUCCCUCACAAUAUAAGGCUACCAUGGAGCUCCAUUUGUUAGGUCGUGCAAGAGGAAAUGUUCCUGAUAGAUGGCCCCUGCCUCCUCCUUCAGGCCGCACAGCUUCUUUCAGCAGCUCCAAGCCUUCACAUUCAACUAGUUUCAAGACAAGUUCGCCUUCUUAUAAUGCUUACAGUGGUCCUGCUAGCACAGCACCACCUGUUACAAACUCUACCUACGAUAACCUGCUCUGUCCUAUAUGCCUAACCAACUCAAAAAACAUGGCCUUCGGUUGCGGACAUCAGACAUGUUGCGAGUGCGGAGAAGAUCUCCAGUUAUGUCCUAUUUGCAGGAGUCAAAUUCAAACUAGAAUUAAGCUGUACUAGGCUGUCUCUCCUUCCCUCCAGUAUAGUUGUUUGGUUACCGACUGAAAUUCUUAAAAUUCUUUGUAUCUGUAAUUUGUUUAUUACUUGCAUUUGUGAAUUACAUAUGGAGAUUGAUGUUGCUAGAACCCGCUGUACAUUCCUUCUGUCAGAUGUUCACACUUGUGUAUUUACUUUCAAGUUGUAUACUAAACUGUUCCUUGUUAAAGGGUUCAGCUUAUAAUUUUAAUAAUAGUUCCCCUUAUUCUUUUGUUA